GCAUGCGCAGCGCGGGGCUGCGCAGUCACGGCGCCCGCCGCCAUGGCCGACCCGCGCCUCAGGCAGAUCAAGAUCAAGACCGGCGUCGUGAGGCGGUUGGCAAAAGAAAAAGUUAUGUAUGAAAAAGAAGCAAAACAGCAAGAAGACAAGAUUGAAAAAAUGAAAGCUGAAGCAUGUGAUGAUUAUGGAAUUAAGAAGCAGAUCGAGAUCUUACAAGAGUCACGAAUGAUGAUUCCAGAUUGCCAGCGCAGACUAGAAGUCGCACAUGCAGAGCUUACUCAACUACUAGAAAAUGAAAAAGAAUUGGAAGAAGCUGAAGAGUAUAAAGAAGCACGUUCCAUACUGGAGUCAGUGAAGCUGGAAGCCUAGCAGUUUUCCAGUUCUCUCUUYAUAUGCAUUGGCACGGGGUCCAUUCCACUCUUUUAUUUGACUAUGGCUCUAUUAUUAUUGUUGACUUGCUAAGGUUCCCUUUAUGCAAACUAACCUUUCUCUAAUUGCAAGAUGCAUCAAAUAAAGAAUGCUCUGAAACACUUGUGUGUUCCAUAUUCAGGCAAAAUAGAUCUAUUUCCAGUUCACCCCAAUUUAAAAAAACCAAUUAAAAUAAAGCCCAUUUUGCGUAAUUAAUAUAGAGAACUUAAAUCUGAAGAGUUCAGGCUAAGAAAUAAAAUUUGACUAUGUGAGGGACCAUUAACUACUUUAGAAUGAAAUAGCAUCAUAGAAURGUUUGGAUUGGAAAGAUUGCAUCUUGUUCUCACCCCUUGACAUAGGCUUUAGAAGCACCUUAUAUUUGAAAUAAUUUCAAGCCAUUAUAGCACAACAAUGUGUAUUGAAAGAGAAGGUAGACUAAAUGACCCUUCUCAGUCACCCAUUUUCUAUGAUGCAAUUUUUCUGUAAUUUUAUCAAGUAUGUACUCCUUGUUUUUCUUUGAGUCCAAGACAAAAUUAAAAGCUGAUUACAGAUCUUUCUCAGUGUGCCUGACACUGAUUUGUAGAGCCCAAUUCAUACAAUUUGGAUUGAUCAAAAUUUUGCUUUUCAGGAAACAGUUUAGCAGGGACUAGUGAGUUSCAUCUGCUAUUAAGAGUUCUGGACUGAAUGCUUUUCCUGACAGCAUCUUGGCUUAAGUUUUAUUUUUUCUAAACAAAGUUCAAACCCUAGAACAUGAGAAGAGCUCAUGGGUGAGGGAACAAAUGCUUAGUCUGCCUGGAAGACCAUUAAAACACUAUGUACAAAAGCUGUGUUUUUUUCCAGAGUAACUUCUCUAAAGCCAGUAGUAAGCUCUGUUGAUAUAUGAGAAAGCUUUUUACAUUAGUUUUUCUAGUUUGGAAGUGUUUUGGCAUGUUUCUUAAAGGCAGCACAAAGCACAGUGUACCUUUUGUGUGGUGCUAAAUUGAAUACUCAAUAAAAUUUUUUGUUAAUUUGCCUGA